CGCGGGAGAUCCCUUUUUGUUGACAAGAGCCGUCACGCUCCGAUCCUCUUUCAACUCUUUGUGCCGUUGCUUGUCAUGCUCACUACGGUGUCUGCUUGACACUACUAACUUUUUACGGCAGUUUAUACAGAGAGUUCGCCAUCAUGGACUCACCAUCAGCCAUCCUGUCGAGCCCCUCGAAGGUCCUGAAUCCCGUGUCACCAGAGCGCAUGAAUCAACAAACGAUGCCCCCCUCCCCCUCACCAUCCCACCCCUCCGAUAUCAUGGGCGUGCACCGCAAAUCGAGAGGAUUAUCUGACGUUCAGGCAAAGGUCGCGUUUUUGAAUAAUCUCUCGCGUGGGAAUAGCCCCUCGCCCGCACAAACACAGCAGUCAGCAGGAAACACUGCAGCACUUCAACGAGCCAUCCUCGGGCGCGAAGAGGCAGAGUCUGCGUUGCGGAUUGCAUCGGAACAGCUUUCUGAAGCCCAGUCGCGAGAGCGCCGGAUAGGCGAACGACUUGAAACGUUGCUGGCAGAAUUACAGUCCGCAAAAGAGCGCCAAUCUAACGAGAGAUCGAUUUUCGAAAAGGAGAUUAAGAAGGCGAGGAAAGACGCUUUUCGCGCGGGCUCUGCUGUCGUAAAGAUUCAAGAGGACCUCAAGGAAGCCCGAGCGGAAGUUAAGAGCCUGAGAGAGGAGGUCCAGGUGGAACGAGAGGCCAAGGAUGAGGCGAAGCAGGAAGCCUUUGAGCGUACAUACACACUUGCAGGUCUAAUGGAAGAAAUGGAGGCCCUCAAGAAACGUCUACGAGCAUCCGAAACGGCUAUCCACUCGAACAGACUCGAAAGUCGGGCCCAGAAUGUUGGGAGAAUGUCGCUCGCAGAUGGAGACCUCGCCUUACUCAUGACGCCAACACCAAGACGUCCCAAGAGGUCUGCUGAUGCAACGAUUUUGUACUCAACGAAUGACUCGUCCACUCAAUGCACUCCUCCCAAGCGCCCACGACUAUCCGACAUCACCCCUAAACAGGAAGAGCUGCAGAACCAGCAGGACACCAAACAACAAGAUCUCCAGAACGAGAUGGUUGAGGAACUUCAACGGCUGCUCGACCACGAAAAACAACGUCGCACAGAUGCGGAGGAGAUGAUCCACUUCAUGGAGAUGGAGUGUCAAUUCAAGCGAUGCUCUUGCCGUCUUGCAGAGGAUUCCGAAACUGCCUGCGUUCACGAGACCACAUUGUCCCAGAAGAAGCAAGAAUAUGAAGCCAACGAAGCGCCGCACGAGAAGAGAGAACACGCCGUACCCGAACCAAGCAAGACACAACCGGCUCGACACAGUCUGCGUAGGCCUGUGCACAAGCCUCAGCACGCCAUGGACAUCGAUGAUCAAGUUAAGCAUGAGGAGGAUAUGGAGGAUCCUGUGAUUGCCUUUUCGCCUCAGACGGGCACCUUUCGCGCCAUGCCCUCUCCCCAGAGACUGCUAGAAAAGACCUCGAUCCCGGCGCAUCCGACGGCACCCGGGUCCCACGCCGACGAAGAAUCAUUCGCUCAAUCGCCGUUAACACGGGGUCCAACUGAACGACGAAGCAACCUGCACGACAUGGACCUCGAACGCUACCCCCACGCCCCGCCUCAGGUCCCUUCCCGUGUCCCGUACACACCCUCCCCGUCAACAGCCCUGAACCGGGCCACACAAGAUUCUCGAAUGUCAGUAGAACAAAGCACCGAAUUCGAACUCGACACAAGCGGGUAUCCCGUCACCAAGCGUGUCCCUUUACGCCCGGAAUCCCGCCUAUCCAAUCAGUCCGCCGUCGUUCCCGGAACACCCAUCAGCCGCGAGGAGGCAUUAGCACAAAUCCGAGCACGGAGAGGAAGAGCGAACAGCACGAAACGAUCCGUCAGCGCUGGUGAAGGACUCUUCAAGGCAGCUGCACCGGCGGCUAGUAGCUCGAACCGGCAUCCUCCGCAGAAUGGGAGAAAUGACCAGAGAAGGUCGUAUCACCGGUGAUAUACUUGUCUUCAAGUUGACACGGUUGAAUGAACGAGAAAGGUCAUGUGUUUCUUUUGGAGUUCUGUGUUAGGUUUAAUGUCCUUGGUCGAUACCCCGGGUGCUUUGCUACCGGUAUGGCGUUUUUUCUUGUUAAUGGAAUCUUUGUUGAAUUGAUUUUGUUCUUGCAUGAAAUACUCUCAUUAAAAAGGACUUGUUUUUAUGCAUGGCGCUGGAUGGAUAGUUUGUUUACAUCUCAUGGUUAUGGCCAUCCUCACUCUCUUAUAUAUUUUCCUUUGUCUUGCAUUGAUCUUGGCUCUUCUGGUUCUUCAAUGUUAGUAUUUUAUUUUGGUUACUAGGACAUAAUUUAUGACUUUAUUUCAGGAA